AACCUCUAAUUGCGACGCUCUCUCGUGUUGUUAAAGGUGUGAGAGUCCUCGUAGAUGCCAGAGAGAAACUCCAUAUCCCUUGGGGAGAUCCUGCGAACCAGAGUAACGGCGAUACGAUGAUGGCUUUUGACACUCGCUCGGUCGCGGUGGUGCAAGGCAUGGUGGAGACGGCGGUUUUUCUGCAGUACCUGCCAGCCAUCAGAGCUCUCUGGGCGGACAGCGGCAUCCAGCACGCGUACGACAGGCGCAGAGAGUUCCAGCUGGGGGAAUCUGUAAAGUAUUUCUUGGACAACUUGGAUAAACUUGGAGAACAAGAUUACCUUCCCUCACAGCAAGAUAUAUUGCUGGCACGAAGACCCACAAAAGGGAUUCACGAGUACGACUUUGAAAUAAAAAAUGUUCCUUUCAAAAUGGUUGAUGUAGGUGGCCAAAGGUCCGAGCGGAAACGUUGGUUCGAAUGCUUCGACAGCGUCACGUCGAUACUCUUCCUCGUUUCCUCGAGUGAAUUUGACCAAGUGCUGAUGGAGGAUCGGCAAACAAAUCGCCUUACAGAGUCCCUGAACAUUUUUGAAACAAUAGUCAAUAACCGGGUUUUCAGCAACGUCUCAAUCAUUCUCUUCUUAAAUAAGACGGACUUGCUUGAGGAAAAAGUACAAAAAGUGAGCAUCAAAGACUAUUUUCCAGAGUUUGAAGGGGAUCCCCACUGCUUAACGGAUGUCCAAAAAUUCCUGGUGGAUUGUUUUCGUACUAAACGCCGGGACCAGCAGCAGAAGCCCCUCUACCACCACUUCACCACUGCUAUUAACACAGAGAACAUCCGGCUAGUUUUCCGCGAUGUUAAGGAUACCAUCCUUCACGACAACCUCAAGCAGCUCAUGUUACAGUGAUGUGCAAAAAGACGUUUUCAUUUGAGUAACUUUUGUGUGUUGGGGUUUUUUUGGUUUUUUUGGUUUUUUUAACUAGAAGUUUACAGCAGGAGUAGAGAAAUCCAGAUCCUGUCAGACUUCUUGAUACGUGGCUAAAAGCUGCUGCUGAACACAUUAUUGCCAAUUUCUGCAGAAAUUCAGGCUUAAUCUCUUCCAGUGUAGCUUCAAGUUGACUCAAGUUGUAAUGUUAUAGC